AUGGUCCCCUCGCCUGGUCCCCUGCUCUCCAAUGUGAAUGAAGAACUGGCCGCAUGCUCCUCUAGUGUUCAGCCAGCAUGGCCGGCCUGGCAGCAUGAGCGGCCUCUUGGGGCGUGCCCUGCUGGGGAGGCCGUGGUGAGGCCCACCCGGGCCCCUGCCUGCUGGUGCACCCCAGCUUGGGUGCCAGAGAGUGUCCUUGCUGAGCACUACCGAGACCCUCAGAGGAAGCCCUCCUACCCAGCCUGCAUCAGCUCCAUGAGCUCCCGCUGUGGUGGCGUGGUCUGGGGAGGCCCCAGUGCGGUCUGUACAUCAAGCGUGAUGGUAGGACACACGGAGUCAUCUGAGGCCGUCCCCCUACCCCUUCCGCACCUUCCAGGACACUUCAGUUUCCACAUCAGCAGGAGCGUCGUCCACGCCAGCGACUCGGAGGAGGAGGCCCAGAGGGAGGAGACCCAGCUGUGGUUCCAGAGCAGUGGGCUGGUGGACCCGGCAGAUGGCCACCGCAGCGGCCUGCACCCAGCCUGAGCUGGG